UGGGAGGAGCCGUGUGUGUGUAUAUAUAUAUAAGAGAUACAGUCAGAACAUCACAGGACAGCACAGACAGCAGCAAAACACAAUCCACAAAGAAGAGACCCAGCAAGAUGUUUCCAGUGCUAAUGUUCCUCAUGGCAGCUCUUGUCGCUGCAGAGCCACUGAUGGAUCUCUCAGGCCCAGUAGAGUCUGAUAGUGACUCUGUCUCUGUGGUACGCUGUGAUACUUAUACUGUGUGUCCUGAUGGAACAACGUGCUGUCUGAGUCCUUAUGGCGUGUGGUCCUGCUGUCCGUACCCAAUGGGUCAGUGCUGUAGAGAUGGAGUUCAUUGCUGCCGUCAUGGUUAUCACUGCGAUUCGACAUCGACUCAAUGUUUGAGGGGGUGGAUGAGACUGUCUUCUUCUCCUCAGCCGGCCUCCAAAGCUAUCCAGAAAACUCAGGCUCUUGAAAGGCAGACCCAGACUGAGACUGUUCAUUGUGAAGGAAACAUCUACUGUCCAGCUGAGAAGUUCUGCUGCAAGACAGCAUCCGGCCAGUGGGGGUGCUGCAGCGGUAAAGCUAACUUCACCUUGCUGUAUUAUUAAUCAUGCUUAA